AGAAAUUGGAUGGACUGCUCGAGUAUGGAGCAUCCAAGGCGAAAAUAAAGUUCAUUCCUUUACUCCAUACACACUUGAAUCACUAGUUCUCAGAUACUUCCUGGGACAUAACUCUCUUCAAACCAGUUAACUUCCUUGCAGAUCAGCCACUUCAUUGUAGCAGAUAAAAGCACAUGACCAAGAUGACCUCGCAAGCCAAUCCUAUUGUUUUUUUCGAUAUAAACCUUGCUGGGGAGCCUCUGGGCCGGAUCAAAAUAGAACUCUUUGCAGAUGUCACCCCGAAAACAGCAGAGAAUUUCCGACAGUUCUGUACUGGAGAAAGCAAAAACCCACAAGGACGUCCCCAGGGCUAUAAAGGGUGUAAAUUCCACCGGGUGAUCAAAGACUUCAUGAUCCAAGGUGGAGAUUUCAUUAAUGGCGAUGGCACAGGCAGUCUUUCUAUCUACGGGACCUCGAGGUUUGCGGAUGAGAACUUCGCUCUGAAGCACGAUCGUGCUGGCUUACUGAGCAUGGCGAAUGCUGGUCCGAAUACAAAUGGCUGUCAGUUUUUCAUCACUACAACCGCAACGCCAUUUCUCAACAAUAAACACGUUGUUUUUGGCCAAGUCAUCGAUGGCAUGGAUAUCGUCCACAUGAUUGAGCAUACUCGCACUACUCGAGAAAAGCCUAAUCAGGAUGUGGUUAUUGCCCAGUGUGGAGAGAUGUAGAGUGGGGUAUUUGAUAUUCCUACAGACAUACAGACAUCCAGACAUAUGAUACUUAAAAAGGAUUGUCACCCAUUUAAAUAAAUAUCGAACGUCAAACGUCGAAACUAUCUGACCUGCAAAAUCGAUAGUUGCCAUCUUUUCAAGACUUGAAAAAAGUAGGACAGGGACAAUUUGUAGUUUGAAUAGAAACAAUUGCAUGACGAGGCCGAUAUGCCAUAAUCGAUCAUAUAUAACACCAACAGCUGCUGCUAGAUUACAACUUGAAUCGAUUGAGAUAAUCGGUAGCCUGUGCAAUCGCAUCGUCGACUUUAUCGGGGUUGAUACCAUUCCCGAUAGAUGUUGAGCCUUUGCCUCCAGCUUUACCUCCGAUCAUACUAGAGACGACACCGGCCCACUCACUUGCCGAG